AUGGAUUCCCCACAGCGCAAUCUCGAUGAGAAUGAUAGCAUUCUUGACGCUAUCGAGAACAGGAUAUUCGCAUCAGAGCUUGGUGCGAACAUGCACGCACGGCAGAUGAUCACCGACGCGCUAAUGGACUCGCCUAAGCAGAAAACUGCUGCACGGCCACCGCGCUCGCGCGUGCCUGCACUUGCAGAGUCGGUGUUUGCUGUAAUUGUACCGCCACGCGGGUAG